CAAGAUGCACAGGGUAAAGAAACCCUCACAUACUAUGUCAACACAGUGCAUGGUCGAAGACUUACGGCUGCCGUUGUUACCAAGGUCAAUGGAAGAAACUAUGAAUGUCUUACAAGUCAAGAUUGGAAAGACUUUGUUCGAGCUACUGGAUAUUUUAAGCUUAUGACAAAGGUGUUCCGAAGCAAGGAUGAACUUCAACACCUGCUCAGCCAUUAUGUUUUCAACAAUUCCUCACUGCCAAGAAUCACAGAAUGCCCAAAGACUCGCUCACUUCAUCUCCCCGACGUCCUCCAAUUCAACAUUGUUUGGUUUCUCUUAAAGGCCACUCGCAUCAACUCUGUUCCCAUUCCUGUAUGCAUGCAUCGCCAUCUCUUUGAACAUGCCAAGCGCUACGCUAGCCUUGUUUAUGGUGCUCGAGCAUGGACAGUCAAAGUUGAUGACUUUUGCUUCUCAGAUGGCCUUGCUGCAUUUUUGAUUGAAAAUAAUGUUGACGUUGGGACAUAUAUGCUACUCCACCACAUUGGUGAUUUCAAAUUUCAAGUGUUGAUGUUCGAUGAUUUGGGCUUCUCUUUGAACCUUGCCAGCCCACCCAGUGCUUCCUCCACCACAUCACAAAAUCAAGAUGUUUUUACGGUCUACGUGGAAUCCUGUCUUCCAAACUUCUCUUAUAGACAGCUGUACAAGCCUCCGUCAUUCCUGUAUGUGCGUAACCAC